GUCACCCGAAACGUCACUCUUCGGAAAUUGGAUUGUGGAUAUUGUCUGAAAAUGUCUGAGGAAAUUAAUCCAAAAUCGCAAGAACUACCCGAGGGAGAGGCUGAAACGGCGGAAAAUGACGAAAAUCAAGCCCCAAAGGUCUUCACCAUCGAAGUUUUGUGCAUGAUCAAAAAGUCCCAGCAGCAGCAUGGAUUGCGUCACGGCGAUUAUCAGCGUUAUCGUGGCUAUUGUUCGCGUCGCGUAAAGCGUCUUCGCAAAACGUUGCAUUUGCCGCAAGGCGAUCGGCGGCACUACAAGAAAAAAGAUGUCACUGUCGCGCAUUUGGAAGGCAAAGGAGCUGACGAACGUUUUGUUCAUAUCCCGUUGAUACUGGCGGAACGUGCUUGGGCUUAUGCGAUGCAGUUGCGACAAGAAUCGAACACGGAGCCACGCAAAAAGUUUCAUCUUGUGUCGAAAUUGAAGAAGGCUGUCGUGUAUGCGCAUCAAUUGCAGGAUUUGUGCAACACUGAUGCUUUUGACGCCCGUUCAAAACUCGAAUGCGAAGCUUAUGUCGCCUGGAUGGAAGGCUCCCUCAAAUUCGAGUUGGGUGCGUGGAGAGAAGCUGCCGAAAACUUGAAGAAAGCCCAGUUGGUGUACCAAAACUUGAUCCAAGCACUGCCCGAAGAGGAACAAAUCAUCUACAAAGCAAAAGUUGACGAACUUGCGCCGAGUUUGCGUUAUUGCGCGUACAACAUUGGCGGAAACGCCUCCAUGGAUGACCUUUUGGAGAUGCGCGGACAAGGCGUUUUGAACAAUUUGGAUGCUUUAAUUGCGCAAACGAAGACGCAAAGCUUGGAAACGCUCCAAACAACCGAAUGGCGAGGCAGAAAAGUCACCGUUCGUCCCGAAAAAGUUCGUCUCUUCCUCAUCAGCAUCCAGGAUUUGGCAAAAACAGUCGACAAAGCGAAGGAUAAUCAAGCCAAAAUCGAAAUAAUCGAAGAUGUCUUGAUCGAUUGCAAGGAUGCCAUCACCGCAGUGCGUGAUGAGAUCAAGCAAGACCCCAAAUUACGAACUGCCAGUGAAGAUGGCGCCUUGACGGGCAUCCAAUAUCUGUUGUCGUAUUUGUCGCAUACGCGAUUGAUGCUCACGCUUGAACGAAAUUUGUACAUGGUAGCGCAAGCGAAGCAAAGUUUCGAAGAAUCCGGAGCUGAAGCACGUUCCCAAGAAGGAAAACGCGUCAGACCGCAGGAUAUUUCACGUUUAUACGAAAUUAUCUUGCAAAAUAUCGUCGAAUUGCAGCAAUUGCAAGGAUUUGAGAACGACGCCAAAUAUCAGGCGGAGAUUAACGAACUUGCGCUCGCGUUCAAGGCAUUCCGUACGUAUUACAUCGCAUUGACGCUGAUUAACUUGAAACGCUGGAAGGAAGCUGUCGCCUUGUACGAACGUUCCACGAAAUACGCCAAGGAAGCGUUGCAGUCGAACAAAAUGAACCAAUUUAAUUUGCGCGCCGAGUUAACGGAUCUCGUAAAAGCCAUCGAAGGAUCCCGUUUUUCCGCACACGCUUAUAGCGUUUUGGAAGACGAUAGUUCAGACAGCUCCGCGUUGUACGGAAAACAAUCGAAAACGACGAAACCGUUGUUCGAGAGACUUUCCGAGUAUCGCGAAGAUCCGUCACUUCUCACGAAAAAUCCGAAUGUCAUCAAACUCGUGCCAGAAAUGGAGCCUAUUCCAUGCAAACCGCUGUUUUUCGACUUGGCACUCAAUUUCAUCGAGUUUCCGGAUUUGGAGGACAAGAUACAGGAUCCGAAGAAGGGCGCUGGCAUUUCUGGAUUUGUUAAGGGAUUCCUUGGAUGGGGCGGCGCAAACAAAUAAAUUGUUCUUUUUUGUUAGUUUUUAGCAAUUGGUUGAAAUUUGAUACAAUUAUAAAAUUGGAAUAAAGCUUUUCAUUAAAAAAAAA